AUGGACCUCAAGGAGAGCCCCAGCGAGGGCAGCCUGCAGCCCUCCAGCAUCCAGCUCUUCGCCAACACCUCCACCCUCCACGGCCUCCGCCACAUCUUUGUGUAUGGCCCGCUGACCGUGCGGCGCGUGCUCUGGGCGGUGGCCUUUGUGGGCUCCCUGGCACUGCUGCUGGUGGAGAGUUCCGAGAGGGUCUCCUACUACUUCUCCUACCAGCAUGUCACCAAGGUGGACGAGGUGGUGGCCCACAGCCUCGUCUUCCCGGCUGUCACCCUCUGCAACCUCAAUGGCUUCCGCUUCUCCAGGCUCACCACCAACGACCUGUACCACGCCGGCGAGCUGCUGGCCCUGCUCGACGUCAACCUGCAGAUCCAGGACCCCCAUCUGGCUGACCCUGCGGUGCUGGAGGCCCUGAGGCAGAAGGCCAACUUCAAGCACUACAAACCCAAGCAGUUCAGCAUGCUGGAGUUCCUGCACCGCGUGGGCCACGACCUGAAGGAUAUGAUGCUCUACUGCAAGUUCAAAGGGCAGGAAUGCGACCACCAAGACUUCACCACCGUGAGCGCCUUUGAGCUCUAUGUGUGGGGAGAGGAGAGGCCGGGGACCCCCAAGGCUCCAUCUGGCCUGUUGAUGGGCAGAGAUGACCCUGGGGUUUGGGCUGAGCGAAGCGUGUGA